CGUUCGCUUGUCUCGGGUUUGUUUUCAAAACACAUUAUUCAAUGAAUUAUUGACGCAUAUUUACGAAAAUUGUUUGAUCAUUUAGUUCGAAUUGAAAACAAAAAAAAAAUUGUACAUACAUAAUAUAACGAUGAAUUUUAUGUUUUGAAAACUAGUGAUAAGUGUGUUGAUGGAAUUACUCGUGGUGUAUGUUUACGUGUCAGAUAUGUUUGUGUGUUAAUAACAGUGUUAGUGGCGAUUAAAGUGUAUUGUUGUUUGGGCGUGCGAUGUCGGAGACUGUCACGCCAACAUGCUCGCCGUCCGCCAAGCUAAGUACCUGGGCUCUUUCCUGGUGGCAGGCGGCGAGCACCCGCAGACCAAGCGAAGCGAUGCCGUCACUCAGCAACUCCAGCUCAUGAAGGAGUCUGGGCGUGCGGUUCCCGUACUCGUGGUUGUUGCGCUCUCGGGAGUCAAAGUAUGCGACCCAGAAGACAAGAGUGUGCGCAUGUCACAUGCGUUGCGUCGUAUCUCGUAUGCAACGUGUGAGUCCUCCCGGGCGUUGUUCGCGCUGGUGGCUCGCCAGCCGCGCUCAGAGCCUGCAGAUCACUACUGCCACGCGUUCGAAACCGACACGCCGGAACAGGCGGAGGAACUAAACACGCUGGUGGGAGAUGCUUUCCGAAUGGCGUUCGCGUCGCAGCUUCAGCCCUCUGCACCAUUAUGGAGCAAGGAGCUAAGCAGCGAGUGUAACGGUAUGGGCGUUCGAGCCCCCGACACCCUGCCAGGACUCAUGCACCACUACCCGCAUUGUGGAGAUAGAUCGCCAGCGAAAUGCGACAUCAUGGGCGUAACGAAACUUGUAAACGAGGCAAGUCCGAGCAGUUCCGAAGAGUCAAACUCACCCACCGAGAUCAACUGCUACCGAAGACUGGGGGACCGGCCGCCUCUUAUGAAGAGACUGGCCAUGGGUCUCAGUGGUGCUCUACUGCAGCCAUCUGAUGAUGACUCCACACCCCUCGUCGCAGAUACUCCUACAACUCCAACUAAUUUGCCGUUAUGUUUAAACGCGGGAUACAUCAACGAGGCCUCAGAAGCCGAAGCGAGGACUAGAGAGAGUAACCGAGAUCAUCCCAUAGUGCCUCCCACUCCUCGACGCAACGAUAACCUCAUGCAAAACGACCUAGAUACAGAUUUCCGAAGAUGUAACAAUACGAAAACUGGAAGUCCGUCGGCGGUUUGUAGUCGAACUACGUCGUCCUCGUCAGGCGCCUCGUCGUGUGGCGGAGGUAUCUCCCACGGCUCAGGAAAUAAUAAUGUACCGAGAGCCGAACCUGAGCUCCGACAGGCGCCUUGGUUCCAGCAGGGGAUACCUAGAGAGAUAGCAUUAGAAGUGCUGAGCAGUCAACCUGUUGGUGCGUUUCUCGUAAGAGGGAGCACGACUCAGGCCGGAUGCUAUGCUCUUUCAGUGAGAGUCCCUCGUGAUUUCCAACCGACCGGCAUAGCGCAUUAUCUUAUUUUAAGGACACCUAAAGGAUACAAAAUUAAGGGCUUCACAAAAGAGUUCACGUCGCUGACGGCGCUGGUGACGCACCACAGCGUGAUGCCAGAGCUACUACCGGCACCGUUGCGGUUGCCGCGCGCGGGCCCAGGGCGCGCGCCCCCCCGCCGCCGCGACCACGCCGACAUCGACGCCUUGGCACCCCACCCUCACCAACACAACCCGCAGCAAACGCACUUCCUGGCCCAACUGGAUGUUUAAACAUAGCCGACGGAGCACUAAAAACAGAAACCGUCUGUAAGACGAUCGUGCUAAGUACAAUAAUUCAGUGUAUUCAAUGAUCAGCACCGAAAUUUAGAUGAGAACAUAAACCUAAUGCAACAAAAUAACUAUCAAGUUUUAAUUUUAAGCUAUUGCAUAGCUUUUAUCACGGGCUUUAAGCGCGGCGACUGAAUCAAGAAAUUCCGUAACGAAAAUAAAACCUAACACCCCCACUCCGCCUACCAUGUAGCUCGCGUUCAACACAUUCACACUUUGCGCUUGUGUAGUGCUUGUGAAUAAGCGCGCGGCGUGACGUCGCACUGCAUGUGUGUCAUGAAAAGUCUGCCCAUCUCUCUCUUUCGCGCGGCCUAGCUUAUGAGUGUGAAGGGGACAGUUAAUGUUUUGCUUUUGUUAAUGUUUAUAAAUAUAGCGUGGUCGUAUUUUAUUAUUGUUUUAAUAAUAUCUAAUUAUAAUUGCAUAAGUUGAUAAAAAUGCUAUGCAAUAGCUUCACCGCGGCAGUCCCCGAGUGCCACAAGUAUUUUUUUUUUAUUCUAUCUGUAUUAUGGAACGGUAGUUUUAGACUACAAUGGCUUAGACUUAUUAAGAAAAACAAAAACUGAACGAAGCCAAGCACGUGUUUGUUCGUUGAAAGAUUAACACAUUGUCAUGGUUUGGUUGAUGGUAUUCUUUUUUUCUACGUCAGAGUCAAACAUGGCGCCCCAAUGCGCUUGACCGAUCACAGCGUGGGUAUUGUCACUUCAUAAUUUCAUAAUUAUUUAUUUAUUAAUAAAGUAGUAAUUAAAGUGAUAAAUGUAUUUAUUAUAAAGGAUCGGUGCAUAUAUUUUUAGAUUGAUAAUUAUGUUUCGUAUGGCCAGUUCAUGUUUUAUUUGUUUAAGCCUUGACAGUCCUAUUGUAGACCAUCGACUAUCCACGAUUUAUUAUCUAUGACCACCCGUAGCCCAAAAACCGUACAAGCAAUAGUGUGUGCUUAAUUCAUUUAUGUUUAAUACGCAUCGAAUGAUGUCGGCAACGGAAAUUCUCGUAACUAUUAUGUACCAUAUGGUGUUUACAAAUAUGUAGGUAUCAUUAACGUUAUUACUACUAAAUAUGUACCUUCAACUUAUUAUCAAAAGUUAUAUAACGUUUUGUAAUGACAGUUGAAGACACAGAUUAUAUGUUUUUUUAAAUUCAUAACGUAAAUCUAUAGUACCUAUAUGUAAUGAUGGUUAAGAAUAUUUUUAUCACUUUGCUAUUACAGAACAAAAAAAUAUUGAAAUAUGUCAUAAAUGACACAUCUAUUGAUAAUUUCGUCGUGAUUAAUACACAGAUAAGUGUUACGUAGCAGAGGUAGUCAUAGAUGUUUGUUUCGCACAUUUUUUCCAGAGGUACUAUUGAAAAGGUUUUUUUUUUUUUAAACAAACAAAUAGUUUAAGUAACUCAGUAUUUGUAGCGACGAUUCGAACGUUAAGUGUGGAUUUAUGUUUGAGCUAAUAUUAAAUGUUAGACGAAGGAAACUUGGCCGUAGGAAACUCCUAACAAUCGAGUCUCUCCCCAAAUGAGGUUGAAAGAGUAACAUUAGAUUUUCAAACAUCCGUUAAUGGGUGAUGGUACUUUUAAGCCAUGCAGGUCCCUUCAUUUGUGAUGGAACUUUUUAGCUAAACAGCCAGUUUGUCUCAGAAUAGGCUUUAGAAUCAAAUACUGUGUGCUAAAAUCUAUCAAAGCAUGUUACAAUGAUAGGUAUAUAAAUGUAUAAUGAAAUCCACCAAUUAACUCAUAAAAUAUUGAAAUGCUGUUAAAGAGACAUACAUUAUGUUAAGUCAAAACGAUACUAUCAAACAUAAAAUGUUUAUAACAUAAAUAUAGUUGUAUUUAUUAUAUUAAAAUAUAUUAUGUAAUUAUUAAUAGUCAUUGUUAAGUCACUAAAUUAUUGUAUGUUGUCUAGUAACUGUUGCUAAGAAUAGUUCCAUUUUGUAUUUAAAUGAUUAAUAAUGUGAUAAUUAUUAUUUUAGCGCAAAAAAAUAAUUGUAAAAAAUUGUAAUUUUAAACGUUUUGUGUCAUAAUCAUAGUUGAUAGUGAAUAGAAAAAAAAAUGGUAAACGGAAAUGUUUUUUUUUUUUGGUUCUAAUUUUCGCGCCAAUUUAAUUUUUUGUGUAGUUAUUUUUCUAGUCUUGAAUUGUAUAGCGUUUUUUUUAAACUGUCUUUCGGCUAUUGAUACCGCACCGUUUGCUAAGAUUUAGAUGUUUAGUCAUUAAAAAUAAGCGCAAUUAAAAACACGUGGCGCCAUCUUUUAUUCGUAUCGAACAUUUUUUAUUUUUUUCUUUAUUGUGUAUUUAUUGGUAGAAGUGAUUCUUUAAUUUUUAUACUGAACUUGUAAUGCGUGUGAAGUUGUUGAUUGUGUACGGAAUAAUAUUUAGGAAAUAUUAAAGUGAAACAAGUUGCCUUUUAGCGUGUACACUUAGCUUCGCGACUGUGGUGGGUGGUAAUAAUGUAAGUGCAGUAACUAAAUGUUCAAUUUGACUCAUUUAAAAUUUAUAUCUACUUCAUAAUUAAGCCUUCGAUUCAAUUUAAGCCGCAAGAACCAUCCAGCUCCUUUCAGAAAACUGUUAUCGACUUCUGCGACAAAUGCGUAAAUAAUUCUAUUUAUGAGUAAGGGAACGUACCCAUACUAUGUGACCCGUUUAGGGGGGGAGCGAAGUCUUUAAAAUACUACGGUCAAUCACAGGAGCGGGGGGGUGGCUCAGGCUUUUGUCACGUAGUCGAUUUUAGUGAGAGAAAUCACGUAUUUUUUCGACCUAUACUCGAAUAUAGCGCGCAGUGCUUAGCGCUUUGUAAACUCACACUACAUAAUUCACUAGUAAUUUAAGUGUGCAUGCAGUCUUAUGCAAUAAAGACGAGUAUGAACCAAAUUUUUUUUUUUUUUUUCAAUUUUUGCCUGUGGAAUGAUUAAAAGUCAUGAAUUAAUUAUGAAUUACUACGUGAAAACUAAAAGGGGAGAGGGGCGGGUCUUGGCAUAUACUACGAGCGAUCACCGAGGAGACGGAGAGGUCGAAAAAACUAAAAAAAUAGGUCACGUAGUAUGGGUACGUUCCUUAAUUACUUAAUAUUUCAUUUGGUUUUCGUCAGACUUUAACGUAAUUUAAAGUAUUUUUACGGUGUAAUCUCGCUUUUAUUAUUUUUAUAUUAUCGUUUCAAAUACAGUUUUCACGGUCACGUACUACUAAGGGUUAUUCGCUGACAGUCAAAUAUUUUGCUGCACAAAUGUCAAUAAUAUUCAACUGUAAUAUAGUUAUAAGUAAUCAAGCUACUUCUGUAGAUAUUUUAGACUUAUUUUUUUUAUUUUGAUACUAUUUUUAAUCGUACAUAUUUAUAAUAAAUGCUGAUUUCAUAUUGAGAACAAGAAUACCAGAUCGAGGUCAACAAAGAAAAUCGAGUAAUUUGAGAUUUCGGAUUGAGAGUUCUAUGAAUUUUUGUACAAGCUCUUAAAAUCGCCCGCCACACAUAUAAGUAAGAAGUGUUAGAACGCAUUAGUGAGGAGAUAGAUAUAAAUACGAUAAUUGUUUAGGUGCACAAUGUAUUGUAAUGUUGACUAGCUUUCGUUGUAAAUGUUAAAAUCAUUUAAUAAAACAUUACAAGCCCAGGAAAGACGGUAAUUAAAAUUGUUUAUGUCGAUACUGUAAACGAAAUCUCUCGUUUAGGUAAUAUAAAAUCAAAAAGUUGUAAUCAAAACUGCUUCUUUGCUUUGUAUUUGUUUAAGUUGCAGUUUCAUUUUCACGAUUAGACACGAUCUUUGGUUUUAAACAGGCGAAAAUUGUAACGAAUUUGGAUAUAUUUAAUAUCAUUGGUCAUGGGAUUGGUAACAUCAUCAUCUCAGAAUAUAGUGCUGAUCACUGGUAAAUCUAGGCCUCUUCAAUCGAUCUCCGGUGCGACCGGUUCACUGGUCCUUCUGAAUCCAACGUGACCCAUUUUCACUAGGUCGUCGGUUCACCCGAUAGGUGAUUGUCCCACUCUGGGUUUUCCCAUACGUAGUCUCCACUCGGGAGUCUUUCUGCCGCACAGUCUGUCUGAUCUUCGCGCUAUGUGGAUAUGUAACUAGAUGGAUAUGUAACAUACGUGGUAUUCACUUUCAUUCCUUAUCGAAUCGUAUAAAAUAGUUGUUACCGCUGUCUGGAUCGUGGUGACAAGCUGCAAGGGACUCCAAGCGAUCGUUACUUCUUUCUGCGAAGGAAUAUAAGCGAAUAUUAUGAUAUCAAACAUGUAAAGUGAACUUAAAAACUGUUGUAACUGGCACUCGUAAAAUGGACGUACGCUAAAUAAAAAUAAUUUGCGUAAAUAGACCUUGUCUAUUGUAGUUACUUUAAGCUAUCAAUCUAACAAUAAAAGUACUCUUCAUUAUUGAUAUGCACUACUGUCUAUGUAUUUAAUUACAUUACACAAGUGUUAAUUUACUCAAAGGCGUCAGUCUCCUUUAUUUUGUAAUUAUUGUAUCGAAUUGAUUUAUUAAUUUAUUUACGAAAUACAGAUGAAAAAACAUGUG